UGGCACCCGUCCUGUCCUUUACAUCCCUCACCGACGGCGACUUCUUUGCGAUCCGCGACGGUCUGGAACUAUCAUGGACAUCAUCCAAUCUCGGUUGCAGAAUCCAGAGUUUGCUUUCUUAUCGGCCUGUCAGGAUACACCGAGUACCGAGCACCGAUGAGGCGAUUCGUCUUGCUGCAGCGAUGCAAUUCUCGGGAUUCCGCAGUGUAAUAGAUUCGAUGUGGUCUGUCAACAACGAAGUUGCUCGUCAAAUCCAUCUUAAAAAAGCCUGGUGA